AGUUGAUCAUGCAACGAGGACCGUUCCGUCUGAUCCUCCUUCUCCUCAGCCAGAUGCAACUGCUCAACUAGACGAGCGGGAAAUUUCCGUCCUGUUGCUGAGCGGAGAAAAGCUGUUUUCUGUUCGUGUGAGCGACGUGAUUGCCGCUAAGAAGGAGCGGCUUGAGCGGCCCGCAUCUCUUCCUGAUUCUGUUCUCGGUUGAGCACUGAGGAUCCUCGGUCCUCAACCUUCUCGGUCUUCAAGAAGAGCGUUUGUCUCCUCUUCCGCAAUCGCAGCUGGGUUGCAAAUCCCUAUCUCCUAUGCAUUGCAUAUAUGUUGCCAUCUGGGUCUGAAAACUACAACAUGUGUUGCUCAGGCUCGCAUCGCAGAGUAGCCGCGUGUACGGCAAAACAACAUCGCAAGUUUAAGUAUUUUCUGGUGGCUUGUAGCAGAUUCAUUCCACUAGGGUAUUAGGGCAGGCUAUUCCUGCCGCGCGUCGGAGGAGGGAGUUGCGCCGAGCCCCGCUCGAACUAAUCAUCAGCAGAUUCAUUGUAAAGAAAACGCAUGGCAGACAGGAGACUUCAGCACGACAAGGAAAACUCCUGGUGACUCGUAUUCUUCGAUUCAUGCAUCACAGAAGAUCUUGUUCUUGGCGUGCGCGUGCUUCAGAUCUUGCAUUACAAAGCCAGAUGACCAAGAGUAUUUGCAAUGCAUACUCCCUCGUUUGCAACCAUCAGUGUCAAGGACCUUUUCGACGCGGCGGAAUAUAUGCAUUGCAAAUAUGUCUGGGCCUGGAAUACUGCAACUUGUCAUGCUAAGUCUCGAUCACAAAUAGACGAUGCGUUACGCGAUCGGCAAUGAGCUCUACCGCCGAUCCAGUGAGAAUCAUGAUGACAAUGAUGAUGAACGCCAAAAGUUGCCGAAUCCUUACUAGGCAAAAGGCGGACACCCCGUGCGUAAUAGGCAUGAAGAAAGUCUCGCAAAAUUUUGAAUUUGUGAUGUUUCUGUGCAUUCUAGACUAUUAAUUUAUGUGGUGCGCGACGAGAUAGUGCAGGACAAAUCCUUCCAGACCCAGACCACAUAUUUGCAGUUGAUAACGUAUCAUUCGGAGCAACAAUAUCCAACAC